AUUUUCUGCAAACUGAGGUACUUUCUGUUUUGAACAAUAGUUUUACAAAAUGUUUAAACGCUAAUUACCUUUAGAAGGCUUAACAGUUUGGUCUUGACGUAAAGAUCCACUUACGAUGGCAGAGCACAGGAAGUGCCUGAGGACUCUCGGGCUGCAGGAUGGGGCAACAGAAAGUGAGAUCCGUUCUGCGUACAGGAAGCUGGCCCUCCAAUACCAUCCUGACAAGAAUGAGAGUGACGAUGCCAAGGAGCGUUUCCAGGAGAUCGGUUACGCCUACAAGUACCUGACUGACGGUCCGGGGCACGUGACUGGGUCAACGUUUGAGCGCGAAGACGAUGUUGUCAUAAACAUGUUCAGAGAAAUGUUCUUUGCUCAGUUUAUGCAGCAACGAUUUGGUUUUCCAUUCAUGUUUGAUGAUGAUAGUGAUGACGAUGAAGACUACUUUUAUUCUGAUUCUGAGGAUGAAGAAUUCACACAUGGACCAUUUUUUGGAUGCCGGCACAGAUUUUCUCAUACUGAGCCCCCUCCACCCAACAUUUACCAGGAGGAGAGCAAGAAACAGAAAAAGAAACGAGAGAAAAGGCAGCGACAGAAGGAGAAAGCCAAAGAGAAAAAAGAGCAAGAGAAAAAAGAACAGGAAAGAAAGUCAGGAGCUGACAGCAGCAGUACAUCACACCCGACAGAAAAUGCUGGAGGUCCUGGUGAGAUCCCUAAUCCUACCCCUUCAUCCCAGGAGCAGUCUGUCCCUCCUACACAGAAAUUGACCAAGAAACAGAAGAAGCAGUUGGAGACCCAGCAGCGUAAGCGAGAGGAAGAGAUGAAACAAAUAGCAGAGGAGUUGCUAUGUAAACAAGAACAAGAGAAGGAGCGACAGCGUGUGAAGGAACGCGAAAAAAAGGAGAGGGAGCAACAGGAAAAAAGGGACCUGCUGAAAGAGCAAGAAAAGGGGCCAGACAACCCGGAAAUCCCUGCCUUUUAUGAUCAUGGCAAAAAGUCAAGGAAGGCUCGACAGAGAGAACGUAGACGUCAGGAGGCUUCAGCCAGUGUCAACCCUCCAUCUUCAGCCACUGCCAGACCCCCGGGCUCCAAUAGCCAGUCCUCUACCCGCAACAACAGUGCUGACACUGGCAGCACGGGACUGUCAUUUCUCAACCAAUCAGAAAGCAGUGCUUCAUCUCGGUCCUCCACACCUCUGUCGGUUCCCAGCACUGUCAGCUCAACUUCUGGCACUGAACAAAACCCCAAAAAGUCUUGUUCAAAACCACAACCUGUUUCUACACAGAAGAAAAGUCAGCAGGCAACUCGUGGAGCAAAGCCCGCCAAUAUAUUUGAAGUCCUUGAUGAUACUAAUGAUUUUAUUGAGAACAGUGACCUUGGUUCAAGUUUCAUCAAGGGUGGUCCACGUCAUGACAACAAAGCAAAUGAAUUUUGUGAGCCUCGAGAUCAAGAUAUAACAACGCAACGGAAGCUUGGGAACUCUAGCACAUCGGGUAGCCCUAGAUACAACCACAAUGAUUCCACUUUGUUAAAGGGCCACAACUCUGGAUCCAAUAGUAAAAGCAGCAAUGCUUACUCCGGUUACUAUAGCGCUAGUCAAGGGUCUUACAGCAGUGAGCCAGCAAAUAAAGGCCAGCCUCCAUUAAAUGGCAGCCAAGCAUGUAACCCUAGUAACAGUGGGGUCAAAAAUGAUAAUCAUAGAUUUUACAAUACAAACCAUACUUCUUACAAUGGUGAAUACGGUAAUGUUACUGGACCCAACAUAGGAAGUGAAGUGCCCAUGAACUCUGGCCCCUUCAAGGGUCAGGUUGGCCCCUUUACAACUAACAAUAGACCUUUUACUAACAACCAUGUUCCUUACAAUGGAGGUUCUGGUCCACAUGCCAGAAAUAAUGGCCCAUAUUGGGCUAACUCGCCCUAUAAUGGUGGACGUGUCUACUACAACACCACUCUAGAGAAUGGGCAGUCUCAGAAUGGCCUCAACAACAGAUACACAAAUGGGCUGCAUUAUUCACAGAAUUCAAAACAAGCUGGACCAAGGCAGGCUACACCCCACAAUACUGGACCAAGGCUGGCUACAUCAAACUGUACUGGACCAAGGCAGGCCACUUCCAACAGUACUGGACCAAGGCAGGCCGCAUCCCACGUCACUGGACCAAGGCAGGCUACACCUCACAUUACUGGACCAAGGCAGGCUACAUCUCACAAAACUGGACCAAUGCAGGCUACUCCCCACUAUACUGGAGAGAGUGGUCAACAGAGGCCAAGGGAGGGACAGAAGGGCCUACCCCAGUUCACAUUUGGUAAAGGGGGAUUUCCGAUACCUAAAAAUCCAAGUGCUUUUGAAACUGAGUCGACCAUGGCCGGCUACGGGCGUCCCCCUUCAGGACAACAGACUAACCAUAGAAAAGAUCAACAAACGUCUUUUAAGCAGGUAUAUGGGCAGAAAACAGUACCAACCAACUCAAGUAUACCUCAAACUACUCCACUUAAUCCACAAUUUAGUAACAAGCCCUCAAGUCAGAGCGAUGCAAAACCUUCCAUGUACUCCAGGGGGGCAACUCUGUUUUCUUUUGAUGAACCAAAGGUUGCCACCCCAUAUGGCACCAGUACCUUUAAAAGCUCUGUUUCUGACAGUGUUAAGCAUUGUGAUUCCAUGGACUCACUCGAUGAUUUUUCACUGUAUGAGUGCAAGGGUUCGGUCCCAGGCGCAUGUAGUGGCGACCUGGGCUUUGGCAAUUCUGUGUUGAACUCUGGGCUUGGUGUGCCUGCAGGUAUGUUCACUGACAGCAUCAAGAACUACUAUAAAUGACUGCAUUUGCAUGGUUUAAAGAGUAAACUCUAUAUGUUCCAAAUAUCUGUAGUAAUUAUUUUUUUGGUUAUAAGUUUUUUGUUUUUUAAAUAUUUAUGUUACUAACAGUAUAUGGUAUUAAGGAAAUAAUUUUAAGUUUAUUAGUCAUCGUUUUUGUACAUACAAACCAGAGACAUAGAUAUCUACUUUUUUUCUCUGUAAAAACUCAUUUGAUUUUGAAAGAAAUUGUGUUGUUUUUGAGUGGAUUUGGGCUGUAAGACAGAUCUCUUGUUGUACAGCUAUUUAGACUGUUCACUUGCUAUUUUGAACAUUACUUCAUUAUGACUUUCUGUGUUCCUUUUUUUCGUAUAAAUCAUGUCAUUCUGAACAGUAGUUUUUUACAAAAACAACGCUAGUGUUACUUGUUCAGAGUCUUCACAAUCAUCGCUAGUGUUACUUGUUCAGAGUCUUCACAAUCAUCGCUAGUGUUACUUGUUCAGAGUCUUCACAAUCAUCGCUAGUGUUACUUGUUCAGAGUCUUCACAAUCAUCGCUAGUGUUACUUGUUCAGAGUCUUCACAAUCGUAAAAAGCCUAUUUAUAUGGGCACCAUUAUUUGUGAAGCUCCUCUGUAGAAAUCUAUUGAAAUUAAACUUAUCUUUAAUUAUGAAGUUAAAUCAACAGCUUGGUAACUAUUUUCUACUCCUUGCAUGUUUACUUUAUUCACACCAUAGUUUAAAUGUGGUAUUUGCAGGCUGUGGAUAAGAAGUUGUUAGUUAAAUUACCAUUGCUCCGAUCUGAAUAUUUAUUAUACAUUUCCAUUUUAUUUUAUAGUGUUGAAUUUAGCAUAUCUUUGUAAAACAAUGGACAUUACAUGCUGUGUAUUAUGGAUUACUAGUAUUAAAAAACUACUGUUGCGAAAUUUUCAGUAUUGGCAUUAUGGUGUAAAGUUGUUGAUCUUAUGAAUGUGUUUGAAAUUUGAUUCAAGUGGUGUGUAAAUAUGUUAUUCUUUCA